UGUUUGCCAUGAGGAAUCCAUGUCUACAAGUACUCAGUUUCUCUCUUCAGUAGAAAUCUCUGACAUUCUAGGCUAAAAUUUAAAAAUAGCAAACUAACGACCUUCACUCUCCAUGCUAACAUUCUGAAUGGCUGUGGUUAAGUUUGCUUCUGUUCAUUCAUGCAAUGUGGCCAUGUCUUCAGAGUGGGAUAUCUGAAAAUGCAGCACACACCAACGCAGGUCUAACAUGGGAACAAGUGCCUCCCUUUUGGUUUGUCAAUCACUGUCUUCAGUUAAAAUUAAGCCAGGCACAAAUAAAGUGGCACCAGAUUUCAAGCUCACCAAGAGGAGAAAUAACUUUGGUGUUCCCCUUGAGACUCUUGCACAAGAGGCAACACAAUGCCAAGUUCCUUUUGUUGUGACACAGAUGGUGGAAUAUCUAGAAAUGUUCGGCCUGGAUCACAUAGGUUUAUUUCGAAUCAGUGGCUCAGUGAACAAAAUCAAAGCAUUGAAACAGAAGUAUGAUCAAGGUGAAAAGGUGGACCUCAUUAAUGAUGGUGACAUAGAUUCUGUUGCAAGCCUCUUCAAACUUUUCCUCAAGGAGCUUCCAGUGGCAGUUUUCCCAGACAACUUACAUGCUAACCUUCUUAAAACCUUUGAAGAUAAGAACCACAUGGCUGAGCGUACACAAUGUCUGAAAAGGUUAUUAAGCAGCUUUCCCAAGGCCCACUACAACUUUUUCCAGUUCCUCUCUACCUUUCUGUUGAAGGUGGCAUCACACAGUGAAAUGAACCACAUGACCUUGGAAAACCUUGCCAUUGUAUUUGGGCCCACCCUUUUCCGAAUUCCUUUCAGUCCUUUGGCUCAUGAAAAACAAAUGCUUUGUAAUGCACUCCUGCUGUAUUUGCUCCAGAACCAUGAGAUGCUAUUUGCAGACUUUGACAGCCAUUUCUCACUGACACAAGCAGACAACACUGAGAAAAACAACCUAGAAGACACAGAAAGAACCAGUUGCAAGUUAAGCAUUCAGGAUCAUUCCUUCAACAAUACAGCUUUAGCAGAGUGUGACGAGGAUACAGAGUCUGUACAUGAAGGCCAAGCAGCAAACUCCAUCCACAGAGGUGAAAACAACAAAGAAAACUAUCCCAACAACACUACAGUCUUAGAGGACAGCCAGCCAGAAUUACAAGAUAUCGAGCAGCAUGUGGAACAGACAGCUCAUGACUGCACUCUGCGAGCUGGAAUGGGCAACUUAAAAUUAAGAAAGCUCAAAUCCAUUGCAAAACUAGAAAGUGGGAAAAACCAUGAAGAAAGUCAGGAGAUGGAGAAUGCAUUGCCAGGAUUCUCAGAAUGUCAGGGGAAAUCAGGAAUGUCCACUAAUGACUACACCCAGAAUGUGGCUUUUAGAUGCCAGGAAACAGUUGUGAGACUUCAACCAAGAAUAGAUCAGUGCGCAUUUCUUUCACCAAAAGAACCUACUGAACAACUGCAGAAUUUAAAUGAGGAGCAUGACUUGAAACUGAAACCUAGCAAGUAUUGCCUUCUGCAAGAGGAAGUCAAAUUCUUGGGCCAUAUGAUGUUGACGGAUAGCAUCCAGGUAGACAAAGAGAAGACCAAGCCAUUGAAAAACUGGCCUGUCUCUACUACAGACAGUUCAUCCCCAAAUUUCCACACAUUGCUGCACUUCUACAUCAGCUAG